UCUAUUUUAGAAAUGGUGAAUGGAUACAUGAAAUGUCAAAAUUCUCCCAAUCAAAUGUGCGGAUGGCGGUAAGAAUGUUUAUUCCACCCGCCAUAUUCGUUUGGUUAUAAAGCGUUAUUAUUUGUUGACGAAUAUCAGAUUCUUGAAUUAAAGAGUCUCCUCAUUGGAGAUAUUUUUCAUUGAGGUUAUUUAAAAAAUAACAAGUUUUUUUCAAAAUGAGUAAAGGUAAGAAGUCCCCAGAACCAGAAGAGACCAACGAGGAGUACAUCGUUGAGAAAAUCAUAGACAGUAGGAUAAACAGUAAUGGAGUGAAAGAAUAUUUGUUGAAAUGGAUUGGUUAUGACGAUAAAGACAAUACUUGGGAACCAGAGGAAAAUUUCGAUUGUCCAAGUCUGAUCAAAGCCUAUGAAGCUGAUAAGGCUGCCAAGGAAAAAGAAAGAAAUAGUAAGAAACGAAAAGCUGAGGACACCCCUAAAAGAGGCAAAGAUGACAAAAAAAUUCACGGUUUUGAUAGAGGACUGGAGCCUGAAAAAAUUAUUGGAGCUACAGAUAGUUCUGGUCCGCUUAUGUUUCUCAUGAAGUGGGUUGGCACAGACGAAGCAGACUUGGUACCAGCUAAACAGGCCAAUGUUAAGUGUCCCCAAGUUGUGAUCAAAUUCUAUGAGGAACGAUUAACGUGGGCUGCCCCCUCUGCAGAAGAUAACAAAAAUGGUUAAUUUUCUUUGCGUGUUGAAAUAUUCAGGGUACAUUUAUCUAUCACGUGUUAGAUAUGCGGUACUUUAUUUGUUUCAUGUGUAAGUUUGAUCACCAUCGUCAGAUUAAUAUUGUUUAUAGUUGAAUAUUAUGGUUCAGAUGAUUUUAUUUUACGUCUAGCUGUAAGUUUUGUGAUCUGAUUUGAGUAAUUUUUAUUUUUCCAAUUGACUUCUAUUGUACAUAACUAGCUUUGAUUCAGUGUAUGAACGAGUUGCAUUUCUUCAUUGUUCAUGUUACACUCAAGACCAAGUUUAUUGCCUUUGACGAAAGCAUUAUUUUAGUAUCGUUCUCAAAAUAGUAUCAUUCUUGAUUCACGUUUGAAGCUUUGGCUCCAUUUCAUCUCCAAAUUAUGUAUCUCGGGAAGAAAGCGUAUAUUUUCUUGUCCCCGUGAAAGAUAUUGUAAAAUCGAAAGGCCUGUGACUUGAGAGAAAUUCUAUUCAUUUUUUCACUCCUCUACUUAUAAUUAGUGUCAUUUUCAUCACUUUCAUAAAUCCCUCAAUGUGGCACACCUAUAUUCCCCCUGAUGAAUGUUUAACAAAAUAGUAUCUGUUCAGUGAAGAAAUGCACGUUAUUAUCUAUCUUAGAUAUUUUAGUUGAUGCCAAUAUUGAAAAUUAUAUUUGUAGUGAACCCGCUAUUAAUUCUCAAAAUUUGAACAUUUUUUAAUAUGUUCCAUGAUAAAGAAAACAUUUAUAAUUUUAUAGGUACAUUAUUUAUCAAAGACGAUGUGCUCUAUAUAUUUGACAUAUCUAGAUUUACAUAUGUAUUACGUUGCUAUAUCCUUAGCAUGUAAAAUUUCUGUUGAAAUAUUUUCAUUUUUUUUUAUAAAAAAAAUUAAUUCAA